UUUCAGAAAGAAUGAAACAGAAUGAGAUACUAUACCAAACAUUUUCUCACAGAUGAUUGUGAAAUAAGAAUGUAAACAAAAACACGUACUGUAGUUAUUAGAGGAAAAAAUCGAAAAAGGCCUCAAAAAGAAACCAUCUGUUUCGUUAACUUAAUGUGAAAUCAAAUGGCUGCAGAAAAAAAUAUUCAUAGUUUGCAAUUUAAUCAAGAUCAAGGUUGUUUUACAUGUUGUAUGGAAUCUGGUCUUAGAGUAUACAAUGUAGAACCAUUAGUUGAGAAAGCACAUUUGGGAAAUGAUAUUAUGGGAAGUAUAGCCAUCGCAGAGAUGUUGUGGAGAACGAACAUCAUUGCUAUAGUGGCAGGUGGCACAAGACCAAAGUUUGCAGAGAACACAGUACUCAUUUAUGAUGAUCUGUCUAAAAAAUUUGUAAUGGAAGUUACAUUCACUAGCCCUAUUAAAGCUGUUAGAUUACGCAGAGACAAAAUGGUAGUGGCACUUCAACAUGAGAUACAUGUUUUUUCAUUUCCUAUGCCCACAAGAAGAUUAUUAACAUUAGAGACAAGAGACAAUCCAAUGGGAUUGAUCGAAGUUGCUACAUUGGCUACUGCACAAAAGCAGCUUCUUGCUUUCCCUGGUCAUAAGCAAGGCAGUGUACAGAUGAUUGAUCUUGGAGGUACAGAAGCUGGUACAUCCAGUGCUCCUGCAACUCUUGCAGCACAUCAAGGUGCAUUGGCUUGUCUCGCAGUUAAUAGCAGUGGAACAAUGAUUGCAACUGCUUCUACACAGGGUACAUUAGUUAGAGUAUGGGAUAGUAUACGUAAACAUUUACUAGUGGAAUUGAGGAGAGGUGCUGAUUCUGCAACACUUUACUGUAUCACAUUUAGCAGAGACUCUGAGUUUCUAUGUGCUUCCAGUGACAAAGGAACUGUGCAUAUAUUUGCAUUAAAAGACACUCAGUUAAAUCGCAGAUCCACUUUCUCAAACAUGGGAUUUUUAGGGAAUUAUGUUGAAAGUCAAUGGGCAUUGGCUACUUUCACAGUACCACCAGAAUGUGCUUGUGUAUGUGCAUUUGGUACAAAGAGUUCUGUUAUAGCUAUUUGUAUGGAUGGGACAUUUCAUAAGUAUGUUUUCACUGCUGAUGGAAACUGCAAUCGUGAAGCAUUUGAUGUCUUCCUAGAUGUUUGUGAUCAUGAUGACUUUUAACAUGAACUGUAUAUUAUGUUCAUAAAAUUCUAUGCUUGUAGGAAAGUUUCUAGUCAUAAGUAAGAAACUUCUUGCAGCAAAUAUCUGUACAGUAAUGUAAUUACAUUAAUUAUUGUAAAAAGAGAGUGUGAGUCAUUACAUUUAUUGAUUUUUAUACCAUAAUAUUCUAAGUGUUCUUUAGUCUGUUUUAUAUGCACAAAUUUUUAGUGAUAUACAUUCUUUUCGAAACUAGUGGUCCAAUUAUAGCAUACUGUAAUAAAAGAUAGUUUUAUACAA